ACGCGGACCUGCAGUAGUGCUUGCGGGCCCCCGGCGUCUUUGGGCGCUUACGACCCCCGUACGAGGACCCCAGCGGGAGUUGGGAUUUGGGGGGCGGCGGCGGUGGGGCGGAGAGCCGGGGUGCGCACCUGGUCCCCCCUGGCCAUGGCGGCGAAGGUGGACCUCAGCACCUCCACCGACUGGAAGGAGGCAAAAUCCUUUCUGAAAGGCCUGAGUGACAAGCAGCGGGAGGAACAUUACUUCUGCCGGGACUUUGUCAGGCUGAAGAAGAUCCCAACGUGGAAGGAGACAGCAAAAGGAGUGACCGUGAAGGUGGAGGAGCCCAAGUACAAGAAAGACAAGCAACUCAAUGAGAAAAUCUCCCUGUUCCGAGGUGAUAUCACCAAGCUGGAGGUGGACGCCAUCGUCAACGCGGCCAACAGCUCCCUGCUUGGAGGCGGCGGCGUGGACGGCUGCAUCCACCGGGCCGCCGGACUGCUCACCGAUGAAUGGACCCUGCAGAGCUGCGAGACCGGCAAAGCCAAGAUCACCUGCGGCUAUCGGCUGCCGGCCAAGUAUGUCAUCCACACGGUGGGGCCCAUCGCUCACGGAGAGCCCAGUGCCAACCAGGCCGCGGAGCUCCGCAGCUGCUACCUGAGCAGCCUCGACCUGAUGCUGGAGCACCGGCUCCGCUCCGCGGCAUUCCCCUGCAUCUCCACCGGCGUGUUUGGCUACCCCAAUGAGGCAGCAGCCGAGGUAGUGCUGAGCACGUUGCGCGAAUGGCUGGAGCAACACAAGGACAAGGUGGACCGGCUGAUCAUCUGCGUGUUCCUGGAGAAGGAUGAAAACAUCUACCGGCAACGCCUCCCCUACUUCUUCCCCGUGGCCUGACGGCACCCCACCGCCUACCCUGACCAGGACUGACUGGCCUGAGCCCGCUGGACCUCGCUCCCAGCUCUAAGAAGUCGCCGAAGCCUGCAGCAGGGCUUGGCCUGGCCACCCUAUUCUUUCCCUCCGCACCCUGCCCCCUCCUAAUAAACACUGUUGCAGCUCC